CAUUCUCUUCUAUCUGAAGAGGGGAAGAUGACCAUUGAUACAUUUGUGUCUUGUUGGUAGUGUUAUUCCCUGUCUCACUCUGGAUGAUUAGUCUAAGGGCAGAGGUCAAUCUCAGGCUGGUCGGUGCUGCAGCAGUCAGUCUGUUGUGCUGGAUUAUCAAGUGUGACAUUAGCCCGGAGGGGUCCGUUUUCCCCCGGUAGCAGAGUAGCUGUCCUUCCAUGGCACAUUCAGCAGGUGGGGCCGCCCAGGUGACAGGUGGAGCCCAAGAUGCCUGUGGAGGUGCCACUCCCAGCCGGUAGUCAUGGACACUGUUGUCCCUGUACCACAGGAAGUGACAUAAUGUCGGAAGAGGAUGAACGUCGAGUCGCUACCCAGUCUGUGAACAGCCCCUUGGGAUUGGACCUUAUCCUAGAGCACACUGAGCCGCUACUUUCCGAGUCCCACUUCCUGCCUCUACUAGAGAUCAGUGAGGAGCCCCAAGACUGUCUGACACUGGGAACCUACUUGAUCCAAGAUGGAAGCCCUUCUCUGGAUGGAUGUGUCCAGUUGGAAAGAAAAUGGGCACUAUGGCAUGAAUUCAUGAAGGAGUACUGCUCUCUCGGCGACUGGCUCCGAUUGGCUGAGAAGUCUGCCGACUCCCCCAGAUCUGCCCAUGUGCUCUUUGUCACUGCCAAGGAGGAACUCAAGAAGUUUGAGAGCCUGAGGACCCAGGCUGGGGCUCGGCUGGUGCAGCUGGACAGCCUGACCCUUAGGAACAGGACCUUAACCAGGCUCUUUGAUGGGGCCAUGCGUUCACGCCUGAUUGGCAUGGCCAGGGACUGUGGUCAGCGCUGGGACCGCCUACAUGGAACCAUUGAGAGUGUCUGCCGCAGACUCAAGCACUGUGUGUCCCAGCGGGAGGAGUUUGAGGGCCAGAGGGAGGAGAUGGCUGUGUGGCUUGCUGACAUGGACCUUAGGCUGACCGAGGUGGAACACUUCUCUGGAAGGGACACCUGUGACAAGAUGCGGGAGCUGCAGAGCUUUCAGGAGGCAGUGGGGGAGAAUGCGGUGCGUCUGAACGGUCUCCUGGAGCGGGGCGAGGCGCUGAUCCAGAGGAGCGAGCCAGAGGAUGCCCAAGACAUCGAGGAGGGGCUGCAGGAGCUGCUGGUCUACUGUGCCCACGUAUUUGAGGGAGUGGGCCGUCUGCACACUCGCCUGCUCAGCAUGAGACUGGUGUUUGAGGAUGACUGGGUACUGACUCAAGCCUCUGACUCCGGCUGUCCGUCUGAGAUCCUGUUGGAGCAGGAUGGAGUUUUUGAGAAGAGCAGUGCCCCAGACCAGCAGAACCCCCCCAACCUGGACCACAUGGUGCUGGAGUGGGACCCCUCCGUUGACAUCGGGGGCCCCGUCUCCCAUGACGACGCUGACUUGUCAUAUUUCAGCGCCAACACAAAUAGAGAAAAGCCAUUGGCCAGAGAUGGUGUGAAGAGGCGGACUUACCUCAACUCCAUAGGCUCUCAGUCUGAAAUAACUAACAGAGCAGCAGAGGAAAUGAGGCCGGAGAGGAGGUUUGAGUAUGCAGGUCCAGAGGUGUUCUCACCUUCCACGACCCAGAGUGUCCGAGAUGGCAGACCUCUACUCUCUGGCCACUGGAUGACCUCCACGCCCGACGGACCCUCCCCGGAGCCUGUAACCUUUGACCCUGCUCGCAUCAGCGCUUGGCUGGGACAGACGCACAGACACACCGUCCCCUCGGUCCAACAGCACAGAGCCUGCUCCAAGGCUGUCCAGACCGACAGUACUCGGAAGCGUGCUGGUUGCUCUGAGGGAAGCCACAGUCUCGGGGACAUCCCCGUUCAGACACACCCCCAGGAGCUGUGUUUGGCCCCCUGCACCUCACAGUCAUGUGACCUCCAGCUCCAGUCUGAUAGGAUGACUUGUAGACUUCAAUCAAACCCACAGUCUCGAGAGGAAGAGCCGCGCUGCAAUGCCUCAUGGGAGGUGGUUCAUAGUCAGCAAUGGCCAAAUGAGUGCCCUAACAGACAAACCCAGUGCAGCUCAUGGGCCGUGUGGGUACUAGAGACUCUGAGGAGCCCAGUGUUCCUGGUCGUCCUGCUGGCUGUGUUUCUAGCCCUGCUGGUCUGGUCCACAGCACUCCUCAUGGACCCAGAGUGCCACCGCUCCAACUCCCUGGCCCGCUCCUUCCAACUGGCUCUGCGCUACGUCAACGGGCCCCCGCCAACCUGAGGGACAAAAGUGUCCCAGAAGGUUGUCACAGGGGGCACAACAAACCCCUGGUGAGCCCGGAACACACCUGCUUUAGGGGGGACAGUCCCAGAAUGCCUUUGCAUUUCAAAGCCAUGAGUAAGGCAUUAACAAGGAGGCCGUAUGAGAGAUUAAGAACUAUUGGGCCCAAUCAAAAUGUGGGCUUGGUAUUUAUUAUCUGAAUCCCUGCACCAGCCUGCUGGCAGAAGUGGCUCAUUACUUAAUAGGCCUCAUUUAUAACGAUCUCUAAUGGCAUUCGUAAUAUGUCUUACUGUACCAUGGUAGCACUUUUGUUGAUGGGUUUGUAACUUAUUUAUGUGGUGAUUAUAGUCUAUAUGGAAGACUUAAUAACGGCAAAUACUUUGAGCAUUUCUCUUUGGGCAUUUGAUAAGACAGUACAAAUUAUCUGUAUAUCAAUAUGUAUUAUGUCAAAUGUAUUAUGUCAAAGCUAAAGAGAGCUUUCAAUUUAUCCUGCACUCUAUAUUGUGAGAGCUUGGGACUAGAAGGUUAUAUCUGCAUUUUAGUCAAAAUUGAGUUAUUGACAGCCUUGUUCUGAUCAAUGUUCUUUACCUAUAUAGUACUCUAAAUACCCCAAUGAAUGUUGUUAAAUUCAAAAGAAUACAAGAUAAACAUUGCAGACACCUUUCAAACCAAUGAGGGUUCGGAACUUUAAAGCCAAUUAUCUCCGAAUCAUCAUCUUUUUGCAGAUAGAUCGUUAUAGUCCCAAGCUCUCGAUUUCACAUGGGGUUUCUGCAAAUGAAUGAUACUGAAUGCCCGAGUUCAGACUUACUAGGGAGACUUGCAGAGAUACCUCAUGUGUAAGUAAUGUGUAGGUCAAUGGGAUAGGUGACCUGGCUAAUGCACUUAGGAUAAAUGAUCAGUCAUUUUGUACUGCUUCUGUGCAUGUGUGUGACCUUGUUUGCAUGUGUGAGGGGUUGUUAGUAUAUAAUCAAUGCAUUUCUUUUAUAUCUGCUGCGAUGCCAAAGGGGUCCAGCUGGAAAACAAUCAGCCAAAAGCAAAUGCAUCUGAGGCCAGUGAAGACACAGUGGAAGCCUCUAAACAUAACGUAUGUGUUAUGUAAUAGUUAAUGGUCAAUGCUUAUAUUUUGACACAGUGGAUACAAUCCUGGAUCUCAUCUAUACAACGUAACAAAUGUAAUGUCAAAGUCUAAGAAGUGAAUUAAAUAUAUAUAUUUCUACUCCAUAAUAUUAUGUGAGGUACAUGCACCUCAUCUGAAAAUGUUGGAAUAUGCCUGCCUUAUACUUGUGUGUGUUUGUGGGGGAGUGUUUGCACAUAUUUUGGAUUGUUGUCCGUCCAGUGUGUAUCAGCGUGGAAAUGUAGCAAAGCGUAACAAAUCAGAUGCUUGAGUUUCUUGCAUUAAUGGAUGAUUUUUUUUAUCUUCCCCUUUAUACAGUAGAGAGGAUUCCUGUUUUUUAUGUGGAGUUCCAGAUCUGUACAUGCAUCAUGAAAUUAAAGACCAGUGUGAGAACAAA